GCUGGAGUUAUGAGUGGGAACUAGAGCAACGGCUGCCAGCGUCAGCGAGCAAGGGGGAAAAGCCUCGCGCGUUUCACAGAAGCCCUGCGCGUGGGUAGAAUGAGUAGAGAAUCAGUUGAACUGCGUACUUUAAUAACAACCAAUAUUUGUAUCCCAGAAACAGUGCGCGCUUCUUCUUAUUUUGGAUCGACAGAGUCGAAUUAGUUAGUUUAGCGUUUAGACGACUUAACUCACUUGGCUCUGUGACUUCAACAGCGAUUAUUGUGGAGUUGUUUUUAACGCUUGAAUUACCCCAGCCUCGAGUGGCGGGAUUAAGGGGGCCGGGAGAGAGGGAGGAGAAGGUGGGGCAGAGUGAAUCAAUCGGACCGGGCGCUCACUACUGUCAAUCGAACCACCAACGGAUAUUUUUCUCUCCAAAACAGACAGGAAUCAAUCAUUGUUUUUGUUCAUCGGAAUUUGGAGAGCGUCAGCGUCGGCUGUCAGUGUUCCCUUUCGCCGCGUAUUCUAGCUACUCUGAAGUCUCUACGCUGUAAUCCUCCGAUAUUUACCGUUUGGACGGAUUUUUUUGGAGGGGAGUGUAAAUUCCCCGGUCUUGUUGGACCAUGGCUGACGACGACGUGCUCUUUGAAGAUGUUUACGAGCUGUGCGAGGUCAUUGGCAAGGGGCCGUUUAGCGUGGUAAGAAGAUGCAUCAACAGGGAGACGGGUCAACAGUUUGCAGUGAAGAUUGUGGAUGUGGCCAAAUUCACCUCAAGCCCUGGCCUCAGCACAGAGGAUCUGAAGAGGGAAGCGAGCAUCUGUCACAUGCUGAAACAUCCUCACAUAGUGGAGCUUCUGGAGACCUACAGCUCUGAUGGCAUGCUCUACAUGGUGUUUGAGUUUAUGGAUGGAGCAGAUCUCUGCUUUGAGAUUGUGAAGAGAGCAGACGCUGGUUUUGUUUACAGUGAGGCAGUCGCCAGUCACUACAUGAGACAGAUCCUAGAGGCAUUACGGUAUUGCCAUGACAACAACAUCAUUCACCGGGAUGUGAAGCCUCAUUGUGUGUUGCUGGCAUCGAAGGAAAACUCUGCUCCAGUGAAACUGGGUGGCUUCGGUGUGGCUAUUCAGUUGGGGGAAUCCGGAUUAGUGGCUGGAGGCCGGGUGGGCACUCCGCACUUCAUGGCCCCUGAGGUGGUGAAAAGGGAACCCUAUGGGAAACCUGUGGAUGUUUGGGGCUGUGGUGUCAUUCUCUUCAUCCUGCUGAGUGGCUGCCUGCCCUUCUAUGGCACUAAAGAACGCCUGUUUGAAGCAAUCAUUAAAGGAAAAUACAAGGUAAUGAACCCACGGCAGUGGGGCCACAUCUCAGAGAGUGCCAAAGACCUGGUGCGCCGUAUGCUGAUGCUGGACCCUGCCGAGAGAAUCACAGUGUAUGAAGCACUCAACCACCCCUGGCUCAAGGAGAGAGACCGCUAUGCCUACAAAAUCCACCUUCUUGAAACAGUCGAGCAGCUGAGGAAGUUCAACGCAAGGAGGAAGCUAAAAGGUGCAGUACUCGCCGCGGUCUCAAGUCACAAGUUCAACUCUUUCUAUGGCGACCCACCUGAAGAACUGCCUGACUUCUCUGAAGACCCUACUUCAUCAGGACUACUAGCUGCAGAAAGGGCUGUGUCACAAGUGCUGGACAGUUUGGAGGAGAUCCAUGCACUGACAGACUGCAGUGAGAAAGACCUGGACUUUCUACACAGUGUCUUCCAGGACCAUCACCUCCACACAUUGCUUGAUCUAUACGACAAGAUAAACACCAAGUCUUCACCGCAAAUCAGGAAUCCUGCAAGUGACGCAGUAUCGAGAGCCAAAGAGACCUCCGCUGAAGACGGGUCGAGCGCGGCUUUGAAACAUCUGGAAUAUGUACUGGAGGAGAUUUCAUGCUACCCGGAGAAUGCAGACGCUAAAGAACUGAGACGGAUCCUGUCCCAGCCCCAUUUCAUGGCCUUACUUCAGACUCAUGAUGUUGUGGCACAUGAGGUGUACAGUGACGAGGCACUGAGGGUCACUCCACCACCUACAUCACCAUACCUCAACGGAGACUCACCCGAAAGCACGAACGGAGACAUGGACAUAGAGAAUGUCACACGGGUGCGCCUUGUUCAGUUCCAGAAGAACACAGACGAACCAAUGGGCAUCACGUUGAAAAUGAACGACCUGAACCAUUGCAUUGUGGCAAGAAUAAUGCAUGGAGGAAUGAUCCACAGACAAGGAACUUUACACAUUGGAGACGAGAUCAGAGAGAUCAACGGCAUAAGCGUAGCAAAUCAAACGGUGGAGCAGCUUCAGAAGAUGCUUCGAGAAAUGAGAGGCAGCAUCACCUUUAAGAUUGUGCCCAGCUACCGCACGCACCAGACGUCCUGUGAGAAAGAAUCCCCCUCCACCUCCAGACAGUCCCCUGCUAAUGGCCAUUCCAGCCUUAACAGUUCUAUCUUGGACUUGCCAUCAACCAUCCAGCCAAAAGGACGCCAGAUCUCCAGACCUCCAAUCAAGGAUAAAUUUUCCAUCCAGAUCUAUGUACGGGCACAGUUCGAGUAUGACCCGGUGAAGGAUGAUCUCAUACCCUGUAAAGAGGCAGGGAUUCGCUUCAGAGUGGGUGACAUAAUCCAGAUUAUCAACAAAGAUGACCAUAACUGGUGGCAAGGCAAACUGGAAAACACCAAGAAUGGCACGGCGGGAUUGAUUCCCUCACCUGAACUCCAGGAGUGGCGGGUGGCUUGUAUAGCCAUGGAGAAAACCAAGCAAGAGCAGCAGGCGAGCUGUACUUGGUUUGGCAAGAAAAAAAAGCAGUACAAAGACAAAUACCUGGCAAAGCACAACGCAGUGUUUGAUCAACUAGAUCUGGUCACUUAUGAGGAAGUCGUGAAGUUGCCAGCGUUCAAGAGGAAAACGUUAGUUUUACUAGGUGCCCACGGUGUUGGCCGAAGACACAUCAAAAACACGCUCAUCACCAAACACCCAGACAGAUUUGCUUACCCCAUUCCACACACGACCAGACCUCCAAAGAAAGAAGAAGAGAACGGCAAGAAUUAUUUCUUUGUAUCCCACGACCAAAUGAUGCAGGACAUCUCCAACAACGAUUACCUGGAGUACGGGAGCCACGAGGAUGCAAUGUACGGCACUCGGUUGGAGACGAUACGGAAGAUCCACGAGCAGGGACUCAUAGCCAUACUGGACGUAGAGCCACAGGCACUGAAGGUUUUACGGACAGCUGAAUUUGCUCCCUAUGUGGUUUUCAUUGCUGCACCAACAAUCACUCCUGGCAUGAAUGAGCUUCCCAGAUGGUGCAGGAAGCUGCCUGACGAGUCAUUACAGAGGCUGCAGAAGGAGUCUGAAAUCCUCCAGAAGACAUAUGCACACUAUUUUGACCAAACCAUCAUCAAUAAUGAGAUUGACGAGACUAUUCGGCUCCUGGAGGAAGCCAUAGACCUGGUUUGCACCACAGCCCAGUGGGUUCCAGUGUCUUGGGUCUACUAAAUCAGCAAACCCAUCAACCUGUAACCUUAUGCCCUUCAUACUUUGCAGUGAAUCUCUGCAAGAAAAAAGAAAAGAAAACUUCCGAUCUUUCCCAUGAUGCAAACAAAAGCUCACCUCUGAUGUUCACAAACAUCAGUGUACCUGCAGUGAGCCUAGUCUUGGCCCCUCACAGACAGACUACCUAGACGUAGUGUUGUAUUACUGAAAAAAGAACAAUAAAAUAAAUUACUAAAUAUUGUCAUGUCUAUAUAGCUAGGAGGCGACAUUUUGUAGACGUUUUAUUUAAAGAGACAGUAUCCUACAUGAUGCAUUUUCCUAAAAGGAAUAUUUUUGUAGUUUUUCUACCCAUUUCUGUUAGUACCAGAGAAAAGGUGCAGCAUUACUACAGCAGAAUCCUCAUAGCUUUCAUCUGUCCAGCCCGUCCAUUAAUACAUAAUCCCCACAUUAUCCAUGUGGCAGACCCUAGCUGCUUUAGUGCACAACCCACCGAUUCAGCGUUCAUUUAAAACCAAACCUUUUUUUUCCAUUUGUUUUUCCCAGUUCACCCUCCUCUACACGUGGAUACUGUCUCUCUAAAGACUUGCAUAAAUGUUUUAGAGAUUUGAAUGAGAUCUCAUGCAUGUGAACAUUCACGAGCGUCCAUGCCGUCAGUGUUAGCUGUGUUCAGACCGUCACCCACGGCAGAAAACAUUCCAUUCGUCUGGACGAACAUAUUCAAACAGGUGGAGCUGGUGACGAGGAGGGGGGGAAAAAAGACCUAUGCACAUCCCUUGCAUUUUGGCAACUUUGUAAAGUUUAUUUUUACCAAUCAUGUAGUAAAAUGUGUUUGUAAAUGGUCUAAAUUUUUAUUUGUUGUAAGAUAAAGGGGUUGGGGAUAAAAAUGUUCUGGCAUUUCAGAAAUGUGUCGUUUGAGAACAUUAAUGUUGACUCAGAAAUCCCAUUUUUAUUCUGUGAAGUUGUUUCAGGAAGAGGUGCGUCCAUGCAAAGCAAAAAGACGACUCUGUCUGUUCAUCUGAAUGGUUCUGUACAUGACAAACUGUUUACUCAAACUGCCCUGUAUAAAUGGCUCUGCCGAUGACGGAGCAGCUCUUCGGCGUGAGCGUCUUUUGUUUGGUUUUUUAAAUAUAUUUCCUUUAAUGUGGUGAAGAUC